UACCACCAACCUCAUCGUUAUCAUCAUCCUCAUCCAUCAUCACUACAGGUAUCAUGGAAUCUCCCGCGCCCUCCAGCUCCCACAGCUCACGGGAUCCGGGACCAGCUCGGAAAGCAGCACCCUCCUAUCGAUUAUUUCCUACCGUCGAGCCAACACCGCCAGCGUCGCCUGUCACCCUUCAAAGGGACAACCGAAGGAGAGCCAGCGGCGCCUGCCGUGGUCGAUCAUCCUCCAUCGAGAAGGGUCCCAAAAAGGCAGGUGCGACACCUUCGCACGCGAACUUGCUCGCAACCGGAUCUUCUUCGACCACUGCGCUUCGGCAGGGGAGCUUGCCGGACAUCAAGACUUUGCAGAGUGUGCGAGAAGUCGAUAGUGCUGCCGCGAAUUCUCUCGGAUGCAAGCAACCGGUCGGGGCGGAAAGCGACCACAUGCGAACCACUAGCGCUCCUGAACCAUCUCCCACCGCAAAUGGACCUGGCCGUGCAGCUAUUGGCAAUCCACGCUAUGGAAAUGGCAACUCCCCCUCAGCUCCUGACCAUGUCGUACGCUCUCCUGCUCCCCAGCCUACAGAAAUGGCCUCAUCGUCCUCUGGCGGCGCCCUCGGUUCGAGACGAUCCAGGCCUAAUCUUCGCAUAACAGUGACAAAAGACACAAUCGAGCGUCCACCUCCCCCGCCUCCGAAGUCUGCAAGACAUCACCAAAAGGGCGAAAAUCAUGUUUCUAGGUCCCCUGUGACUCAAGGCCAUCAACCUCGCCUUGAUCUUGCGUCCGACUGUCCGGUGUCACCGCUCACGCAGCAGCAUCCGCUCGAGCCUCCAGCUAUGCCAGUUAUCAGAGCGCCAGAAUCACACGCCACUCCUGCCAGUCGUACACGGCGCAACUUCUGGCCCAAGAUCUUUCCACGAGAAGAAUCAUCUACUAAACGAAGUCUCAACAGCUACGGUUCUUCGCCAAUGCGCCCGAAAACCGCCGGAGCGAUACAUUCUACGGUCUCGCCCGAGCCCGCGGUUUCUCGGCUCCCUGGAGUACCAAAUAUAUAUGCCAAUACGCCUUUGAAUGCUUCCAGUGUAGAGCUCAGGUCGCACAAAAGUGCAGACCGCUUGAGGAGUGAACGCACGCCCGAAAGUCCUCCUCCCAUGCCGUCAACAAGCAUGGCAGACCACCGCGGCUUUUCGAGUAAAGUGCCACAUUCUCGUUUCCAGGUCCCGCCUGCCGCUCAAAAUCUAUCCCCUGCGCGGGUGUCACCAACAGACGAUCGACAGGGCAUAGCCGAUGCCAUUCGCGAGCACUCUCGCGAGAACGUGGGGAACCAGAAGCGAUAUGCCAAUGAUGAGGCUGCCCCAUCCGAGUCGCUUAUCAGACCUGACGCAAAGACCGCGCUAGCCAUUGCAAGAGCCAAGGUUGCCGCGCUGCGGAAUCCGAGUCCGUCUGCAGACAAUCUCGGUCAAUCAGCCAAAGAACGUUCAUCAGGCUCCGAAUCGGGAGUGCUCCAUGGAGCCAUUCCAGCCGAGACAUUAGACCCAUGCGGUUCCCCCAUGGGAGUCACAGAUCCAGUUGCCACUUUGAAAGAUUUGAGCCAACAGUGCGAUGCAUUGCACACGCGUUAUGCUAGUCUGCGAAUGGAACGCCAGAGGUUGUCAAGUGGGAUCAUUGAAAAACUGAAGGAGCAAAGGACGGACACAGAACAUCGGAACUCGCUCCUGAACGAUCAGCUGUCGCUCGCUUCCGUGGGCUCAUCUAUGGAUAUAUGCUUUGCAAAAUUGAAGUCCUUGGAUUGUCGAAAGGAAGAGGCAAUAUCUGCUCUCAUCGCUCAAACGACGCACGAGACCAAGCCGCCCGGUGACAACAUAGCUGUCAUGAUCGCAUCGAUGGCAAUGGAGCCCCGAAAGUCCUCUGUCGCCCCCUCAACAGAGAGCGAGAGCCCAUAUGCUCUCACAGGUCAAUCGACGCCAGACAGCAGGAGAGAGACAUUUUUCGCCGAUCGCUCCACUCAGUCUAGUUUCCUGAGAACUCUCUCAUUCACGAGCGAGACUGCAAGCCUGAAACAUCGACUGUCUUUAUCAUCUUUCCAGAACGACGCAGCGGAUGUGCCCUCAGAGACCAUUCCAGGAGGAAUUGAGAUUCCUGCAAAUUGGGUGCGUCCACGAGAAACUGCUCUCUCGCAGCGGCAUGAGGAUGCCGAUAAAGGGCUCAUAUUGGCGCCCACCACGUACACUCCUCCGCAGUCUGGCACAUACGAAAGUAGCGCGCGGAGGAAAAAUGAAGAGCGGCCAGCGAUCGAGCGUGAGUCCCAUGAAGGUCUCUCGGACCCUCCCAAGAGCAAUUUCCCUGCUCUGGUUUCCAAAUUUGCGCACUCGAUCGGCGUCUCCGAUGUGAGCUCCACAAAACAAAGAGCUCCCAACGUCAACGUUGAAGUUCGCCCGAUCAAUUCCGCUUCGGGUAAAGCACUUUCGCUUCUGCCAGUCUACCCUACAGGUACGUCAACAACGGCAAUAGCCGAUGUAGGGUCUCCAGUCAUCACAGACCUCACUGCCCAACUGGAGAGUUUCCCUAAACCCUUCACACCAAUGAUACCAUACCGCGGGACUCCGAAAAAGGAACUCCCCAUUUUAGCGCCGCUGGCGGCCAACCCUCCCACUCCAGUCGCUACCACCUUUGGAGAGAGAUACGCAAACGAACAGGAACACGGACACGAUGUACCCAUAAUGCCACCACCACGUCGGGACUCCUUGCGAGAAAUGACCACCAGCACCAGAACUGUCGGGAGGAGUAUGACGCAAGGCUCUGCGCGCACUACGCACACCAUCCAGGUUUUCAUCGAGCAAGAUGGUCUCGAGCUUUUGGAUCUGUAUCGACGUAGUUCGGAAGAGAGGGCUGCGGCUGCUGCUCGGGCAUUGCGUACUUGAAGUUCAUAUGUGUUUGUUUCCUCGAGCUCGGUUGAGACGAGUUGAUAUACUGAGAUGCACGUAUGUUUUGUAACAUGAUGAGGCGAGACCGACGCCUUUGUACCUUUAUUAAUUUUCACGACAUGUCAUGACCACCAAAGAAGAAGAAGAAGAAGAAGCCAAAAGCCAGAGGAGAACAAAUCUGAAGAACAGAUUUCUUUUUGGGCAUAUGAAGUGGGAUAAGAAUUGGAAAUCAAGAGAGGGGUGGAGGGGAGAGGAAAGAAAUGUUGAUGGAAACCUACAAAGCCAUUUGCGUAGAUUUCUUUUUGAGUGUAUAUCACAAGACUCAAAUAGCUGCAUCGCCAUAACAUAAAGGGGAAACCUCAAUUCAUGAACAAGAACAGACUGUAAACGCUGUACAGCCAAACAAACCAACCAAUCCAAUCCAUGCUCAUCAUCCAUCCACAUCCUUUCAUUUACAUAUGGAACCUUCCAAACCUUGAUAUGUUUGUUCAAGAAGGUACACCACCACCACCACCACCACUACUCGUCAAUCUCAACACCCUCCCCACCGCUUUCACCCCCGACUUCAAACUCCCCUCUCCCCCUCCCCCUCCACUACCCCCUCGUUUCCUCCGCGUGGUAAACGACUUUUCGAGCACACCCGGUUUGGGCGGCCAUUCGCCAUCGUCUUUCCAGCCUUGCACCAGCGCACGGAGCAGCGUGAGCAAGUUGAUUGGAACCGAGGGCGUGCGGGAUUGCAGAAUGAUUUUGUUGUAGAUUUCGGGAUACAUGUCGUGGUUGAUGCGUUUGCGGAUGGGGUGUUUGGGUAGGAGUGCUGGUGCUAUAGGUACUAGAACGUCCAAAGGUAUCGUUGCGGGACUCGAGCGCAGUGAGGUCCCUGCUGUUGAUCCUGCUGCUGCUCCGGUGACAUCGGGCGACCCGGACGGUGUUGAAGCGGGCGUACUGGACACAUGCGCUUCGACAGAAGAAGAAGUGGACGUUCGUGGAGUCGAUCCCCCAGAGGCAGACCCGGAAUCGACCUCAAUAUGCACGAUUCCUCUCGCUGGCGGCGCGUGGUCUGCAAGUCCGCUACCACUGCUGCCUUCCAGGAGUCGCACGUCUCGUGUCUCUCGAGCACAGCACCACACAUCUCUCCGCCUGGUCCAGUGCGCCAAGCCGUCAUUCCAUUCCAUUUCUUCGUGCACAGCCUGCCAUCGUUUCCGCUUGCGCGCCUGCUGACGGCUGUGCAGCUGUGGGCCCACGCUAUCCGGAGCGUCGAAUUUGUACGUUUCCACUUUGCUCUUGCUCGAUGAUGAUGUGGUGUGCGCAGGUGUCAUCGCUGCCACUUCCGACUCGGUUUCAGAGACAUCGGAAUCCUCUCGUUCCCUCCACUCGAUCGGCUCAAAGCCCAGUCCCAAUGCCUCGCCCACCACUCCAUUCGCGCGGUCCGGGGUGCUCGGAGCGUGGAAUCGAAAGCCCGCGAUGCGAUCUUCGACGUUCAGUUCCUCUGUUGCUGCGCUGUUCGCUGCCUCGUGCCGCCCACUCGACUUCCAGGCCGGCAGUGGCGGAUAUUCCCAGUCAUUUCGGAUCUUAUCUCGCAGCAACCGUCGUGCCUCUCGGAGCUGCGCUUGCUGUUCGGCGCUGCGGUGGUGCGAGCCUGGCAGAUUCAGAUGUAACGUCAUAUUUCUUUCUUUCUUUCUGCUGUGCUUCCCUCUCUCUCUUUCUCCCGACGUGGUGUGCGAGUGUAGUAGGUAUGUGUAUGGUGGUGGGUGGGAAUGCUCGCCCGCGGUCAACAGUAAGUGAUAUGAUGAUGAUGAUGAUGAUCGGUACCUACCCCGUCUCCAGCCACUGCUACAGCGCUCGCUCUGCAAGGUAUAUGGGCAGUGUGUGCAAGAAUGUGACCAGUACAUGCAUAUGAGCAUGUAUCCCAGAGAUGUCCGUUGGUCGGGGAUGAACGGAGGGCCGUGGACGCACUCGACGUCAGCAAGCCCGCGUAGGUUGGUAGUAGAAGAAGUAUAUUGUCGACAGCCCUUGUAGAUCGAUCGGUCGAGAACAACU